CAAGGGGUCCCCGCCAUCGGCGUGAUGACGGAGCUGAUCCAGCUGUGCGCACUGUACGGCGUCGUCGAGGAGUACCGUCCCCUGGACGAAUAUCCAGCCGAGGAGUUCACAGAGGUCUAUCUCGUCAAGUUUCAGAAACUAACAAGCGCCAGAGCAGCGAAACGUAACAUGGAUGAGAAGAGUUUCUACGGCGGCGUGCUGCACGUGUGCUAUGUCCCUGAAUACGAGACGGUGGAGGACACCAGGCUGAAGCUGCAGGAUAGAAGGAGUUAUAUAGCGAGAGCAGCUCGUAACAGAGCAAAAGAAAGAGAACAUACAGAAACAACACAAGAGAGUCCUACGUCAUCAGAUGCAGCCACCUCAUUAAGCAAAAUCCUCACCAGACACGAGGGAACAUUUAAAAAGGAAAAUACAAGAGAGGUCUUAAACGUCAGCCACCAUUCUGAGUUUCCUCCCCUGCCCCUGCCACCCCAAGAACAUUAUUCAUUCAGACAGAAAAGUUACCGUCGAAUUGUACCAACAGAGGAUAAAAUGGGGACUUUGCAUAAUGCCUUAUCUCAUCUGGAACAAGAGCAAGUUGAGAGCUUAGGCGCCAACGCAACCACCUCCGGCAGGGACAGAGACACUGAAGGCAGAUUGGGUUCAACUCCUGUUUCUGGAGUCCAAUUUCUUCCGAGGAUCGCUCGCUUGGAGAACAGAAAGCGCAAAAUGGAAGAGUCUGAGGAGCUUGCAGCGUCCGGUUCUGGAAAAAACGAGCCGUUGAUUGGACCUAGAUUACCGGAGCCACCAAAACUGGACAUGGAAGAUGAGUCAUUAAACACAACUGUCAGCCAUAUCAGGAGCACAAUGAAGAAGGUGGGAUCUGUUCCGGACCUUAAGCCAGUCGAGAAGAAGGCAAAAGCGCGUCGCCGGAUAUAAACCGGACCGAUGUCUACCGCUGCUUUGGAAACUGAAUCCGUCUCUUUUCAGAUUGCAUUUAUUUACAUAUUGUAAAUCAAAUAUAAGCAGAUCCUGUAUUAUUAAAGACAGAGUUGAAAGUG